CGCGCGGAGCCGAGCAGGACGGCCGCCAUCUUGCGCGGAGCCGGAGUCGGAGCCAGGGCCGGAGCCGAACCGAGCCCGAGCCCGAGCCCGAGCCGGAGCCCGAGGCCUGAGGCGGGGAGUGCGCGCGAGGUCGCGCGCAGCCCUGCGGCGGCCCAGGCCCGAGCCGUGCCCCGCCGCCGCCUCGCGCCCGGCCCCGGCCGAGACCCCCAGCUCCCCGGCCCGGCCCGGCCCGGUCCGGCCUCCCCGCGGGGCCUCGCGGCCGCCCCGGGGACCAUGAACGGAGGAUAAAUGGUGCCCAAGGCAGACAGCGGCGCCUUCCUGCUGCUCUUCCUGCUCGUGCUCACCGUCACCGAGCCGCUGCGGCCAGAGCUGCGGUGCAACCCCGGGCAGUUUGCCUGCCGCAGCGGCGCCAUCCAGUGCAUCCCCCUGCCCUGGCAGUGUGACGGCUGGGCCACCUGCGAGGACGAGAGCGACGAGGCCGACUGUCCCGAGGUGAGCGGGGAGGCGCGGCCUUACCAUGGGAAGGAGGCCGGGGACCCGCGGCAGGGCCGGCCCCGAGGAGGCGACCCCGUGCACCCACACACAGUGAACAUGGCCCAGCCCGUGCGCUUCAGCAGUUUCCUAGGGAAGUGCCCGACAGGGUGGCACCACCACGAGGGCACGGCCAGCUGCUACCGCGUCUUCCUGAGUGGGGAGAACUACUGGGACGCCGCGCAGACCUGCCAGCGCCUCAAUGGCUCCCUGGCCACGUUCUCCACGGACCAGGAGCUGCGCUUCGUGCUGGCCCAGGAGUGGGACCAGCCAGAGCGGAGCUUCGGGUGGAAGGACCAGCGCAGGCUGUGGGUUGGCUACCAGUACGUCAUCACGGGCCGGAACCACUCCCUGGAGGGCCACUGGGAGGUCGCGUUCAAAGGCUCCUCAGAGGUGUUCCUGCCCCCAGACCCCAUCUUCGCCUCGGCCGUGUCUGAGAACGACAACGUGUUCUGCGCCCAGCUGCAGUGCUUCCACUUCCCCACGCUGCGGCACCACGACCUGCACAGCUGGCACGCCGAGAACUGCUACGAGAAAUCCUCGUUCCUUUGCAAGAGGAGUCAGACGUGUGUCGACAUCAAGGACAACGUGGUGGACGAAGGGUUCUACUUCACCCCGAAGGGGGACGACCCGUGCCUGAGCUGCACCUGCCACGGGGGGGAGCCGGAGAUGUGCGUGGCCGCCCUGUGCGAGCGGCCCCAGGGCUGCCAGCAGUACCGCAAGGACCCCAGGGAGUGCUGCAAGUUCAUGUGCCUGGACCCAGACGGCAACAGCCUGUUUGACUCCAUGGCCAGCGGGAUGCGGCUCGUCGUCAGCUGCGUCUCCUCCUUCCUCAUCCUCUCGCUGCUGCUCUUCAUGGUCCACCGGCUGCGCCAGAGGCGCCGCGAGCGCAUCGAGUCCCUGAUCGGGGCCAACUUGCACCACUUCCACCUGGGCCGCAGGAUCCCCGGCUUCGACUACGGCCCAGACGGCUUCGGCACGGGCCUCACCCCGCUGCACCUGUCGGACGAUGGCGAGGGCGGCACCUUCCACUUCCACGACCCCCCGCCCCCCUACACGGCCUACAAGUACCCCGACCUCGACCAGCCCGACGACCCACCGCCCCCCUACGAGGCCUCCGUCAACCCCAACGGCGUCUUCUACGACCCCGCAGACGACGACGCUUUUGAACCAGCCGAGGCCGGCCCGCCAACCCCGGGGGCUGGUGGCAGUGAGGGCGCGUCGCCGCGGCCCCCAGAGCAGUCCCUGCCCACCGCGGGGGCCUCGCUCGCAGACCCGGAGGACUCGGCCGACAGCAGCAGCACCCUCCUCGUGCCCCCCGAGCCCACCCAGGGCGGGAGUGCCCUGGCCACAGAGGCCCUGCGGGGGGCUGCCCGGCUCGGUCACAGCCCCCUCAACACCAUGGUGUAGGGGACGGUCCGCCCGUGGCGACCCUGAUGGACGCAGCAGCCAGCUCCGUGAGGGCCCCGGCCCAGCUCCACUGUGCCCCCCGCGUGUGUGUGCCUGUGAGAGAGCCCACACUGCCCUUCGGAGGGCAGGCCUGGGCGCGGGGGCUCCGGACAUGCAGGGCUGCGGCUGCCCACCUCCCCAUGGGACCCGGCGGCAGAGGAGGACAGAGUGAGGGGCUGGGAACAAAGGCUGGGAACACGGGCCAACGCUGUGCCGUGCUGCAAUUUGUGACCGGGCCGACGACCCCCGGCACGAUGGGGGGCUGGGGUGUCCAGUCCGGGGGCACUGUCAGCGUUGCCUGGCAGGGGUCUGCUUCAGGGGGUCCCAGGAUGGCCCCCUCAGGGCGCGAGGCUGGGGGCUCUGGGACCCGAGACCCUGGGAAGGGCCGCUUGGAAGGAGGGUGAGCUCGGCCCGUCUCCAGCUGGCUCCCCGCAGCCCACUUCCGCCCGGGUGGACCCCCGGAGGCCUCAGCCCAGCUAGGGCCCUGCCCCCGGCCCUCCUCGGGGAGCGGAGCAAGUCCAGGCCCCGUCUGCCACCCUCCAGGGUCCCGGCCCCCCGCCUCCGGCAGAGUUGGCCCCUGGCCCUACCCCCACCUUGUUUGUGCCAUGAGGGCUCUUUCUCGGGGGGCAGGGGGCCCGGCGACCAUCCCCUGGAGGUCCGCUUCCCGCCCGCCCCGUGCCCGCUCCCCGUCCUUCCCCAGCAGCCCCGGGGCGGCCGAGGGAGCCACCACUUGCCCCUGCGGGGCCCGUCCUCCGGGGCUGAAGCGUUCCUUGGAGACUAAGCGGGUUCGCGGGUUCUGUGCGAUUUUUAGCACUUCUGUAACCUUUUCUGCGUGAAUGUCUGGAGCUUUUCUUGUGUGUGCGCGUCUGUGUGUUCGUGUGCGUCUGUGUGUUUGCGGUGGGGGGCUCCCUGGGCACCUGUGCCCUGCGGCGUCACCCCUCCUGCCCGGAGGCGCGCGGCCUGGCUCCCCGGCCCCCUCGUGCCCCGGGAGGGAGCUCCGUGGUGGAGACGCUCCGCCGCUCCCCGAUGGGAACCACCCUGGGACCCUUCCUGGGUGGAGGAAGAGUGGGGUUCCCGCAGGCCGCCCCUCGGAACCGACCUGCAGCCCCCAAAGCUGGUGGAGGGCUGCGCCCGGCCGUCACCCUGUCCCUGGGCUCGGCGACCUCCGGGCAGCCCGGGCCUCCGCUGGCCACUGCUGCCGACCCGCGGGACCCGCUCAGGGCCCUGGACCGGGGCUGGUGCGGGGGAUCCCGACAGCUCUGGGUCCCGCCCAGCCCGGGGGUCGGCCCUGCUGGGGCCGCCGAGGGGUCACGGAGCACGUGGGGCCCGCCUGUCCCUCCUUGCCCUCCCUCCCGGACGCCCGCCCUCGGGGUCCUCGCAGUCUGACGACCCUGCAACCCUGGGAGAGCCGGGCCCCUGCCCGGGGGCGCCUCCGCUGUGCUGCGGGGCGGCUGCCCUCUGCCCUCCCGGCCGCGGGGAUCGGGCACUGUACAUUGUCUCGAUGCCUGUUUUUUAUGUUUCCUUUCACUUAAGGGUUUUUAGUUCGGGUUUAUUUUUGGUUGGGUUGGCACUAAUCCUUUUCUUAAAAUGCUGUGAGACCCAUUUCAUCCAAAUGCCAAAUAAAUUUGUGUUCUGGAA